UCAUCCUCAUCGGCUGCGUCGGUGCCACCAAGACUGACCCUCCAUACUCUAUUUUCUUUUCAUUCCCAGCAGAGGACUCAGAAACGUCUUUGAAAUUGGCACAAUGGCUGCCGUCGCCAUCGCAGAUGUAGCUCCGCUUCUUCAAGAGUACGCGGUUAGCGCUGCUAGCUGCCUUGCCCUCAUGUUCGCCUACGUAGCUUGGAACCGAGCAUCGAGCGAUUCUCUUCACUUUGUAUCAGGCAUGCUUGUCCCAGUGUUAAGCUGGGGCUGGUUAGGUCUCGUAUCCCGUAUCGUGCCUGAACCAUAUCUAGACGAGAUAUUCCAUAUUCCACAGGCGCAAAAGUACUGCCAGGGCAAGUACCUAGAAUGGGAUGACAAGAUUACUACCCCGCCUGGAUUAUACUUUGUGAGCAUUGGCAUGAAAAAGGUGGCGGAUCUGAUUGAUCCAAACGGCCUGCACUGCGACCCAUGGUUUCUGCGCAUGACCAACGUCGCCGGCCUCUGCCUCAUCAGCCAGGUCGUUAUGCUGUGUCGUACGUAUCUGGAGAAGCGUCCAGGCACGUUCUACAAGGAAAUGUCCAUUUACGCGAUCCAUACGUCAUUCAACGUCGCCAUGUUCCCGUUGCUCUUCUUCUUCAGCGGCCUGUACUACACGGAUGUUCUAUCAACACUCGUCGUCUUGCUCUCGUUUAUCAACCAUAUUAUGAGAGUAAGACACUCAGUAUCGGGCAUCCUGAGCGACUUGACGACUGUCGUGCUGGGUCUCGUCACACUGUGGUUCAGACAAACCAACGUCUUCUGGGUAGUUGUUUUCAUGGGCGGCCUCGAAGCAGUCCAUGCCAUCAAGAGCAUUGCUCCCAAGAGGGUAGAGCAGCCUGUUGUUCGCACACUGUCUGAGCAGCUCAAGUUUUUUGCCUGGCAAUACUCCCUCGGCGAGGUGCACGAUCUCUCGCUGAGCAAAGCUUACCCCGACGACAUGCUCUUCACGGUGAUUAGUCUCGCGAUAGCAGUCGUCUGCAAUCCCAUCCGCGUUAUUCGCCAGAUCUGGCCGUACGUGUUCGUCCUCGGUUCCUUUGCCGGUUUUGUCUAUUGGAACGGCAGCGUCGUCCUUGGUGAUAAAUCCAACCACGUCGCAACCAUCCACUUUGCUCAACUGCUCUACAUCUGGCCCUUUUUCGCCUUCUUCUCAUGGCCACUUCUGCUCCCUGGCCUUCUGCGACCCUUUCAAGUCGCCGCCUACUUCUUCCCGGGCAACGCAUCGACCAAGCCAAAGGCUGCACCGACAACAGACAAGUCCUUCUUUCUGCGCGCCGUCGCUGGUUUCUUCAACUACCGCAUCCUGUGGCCGUACUACCUCGUUGGCACGGCCGUUGCAUCGUUCCUAGUAGUCAAGUUCAACACCAUCAUCCAUCCCUUCACCCUGGCCGAUAACAGACACUACAUGUUCUACAUUUUCCGCUACACUAUCCGCCGCUCCGAGAUGCACCGCAUCCUGCUCAUCCUGCCGUACACUCUUGCGCGCUGGCUCGUCUGGGACGGCCUAGGCGGAUUCAAGGACUGGACAGACACUGCCCUCAGCGCCGACGAAUCUGUAAACUAUCCCUUCUGGAUUGCCACAGACGCCAGCAAACACCAGAUGCCGCAAGCUAAGCAGGACACCAAAGCUGAAAAGACCAUUACCGUGGAAGAUGCUCCCAACGCAGCCACGACAGUCACUACAUCAACAGCCCUCAUUUUCCUGCUGGCAACCGCUCUUUCGCUCGUCACCGCGCCUCUUGUCGAGCCGCGAUACUUUAUCAUCCCAUGGGUCAUGUGGCGUAUCCUCUUACCGUCCUGGAGCAUCCCUCUCACUGGUACACUGUCCGAGAUCCCCAUGGUGCACCUUCUCGCCGACGCCUUGGGCGGCUACGAUCCUCGCCUCGUCCUCGAAACGCUUUGGUACCUCGCCAUCAGCGCUGUCACAGGAUACAUCUUCCUAUUCAAAGGCUACGUGUGGAAAGCUGAAGACGGCACGAUCUUGGAAGGCGGGCAGCUACAACGCUUCAUGUGGUAGAAUGAAAGGGUAAAUGGUUGAUGGUGGUGCAAUUAUAUGCUAUUCUGUUCAGUCUUGACAGAUCUGUUAUAAUGUAAAAUAAAACAAAAGACAAAGUACUCAAGCCCCCCGAAAAAUGCUCCAUAAACGCCAAAUCCGUGUCCCAUAAAUAAUCAUAACCCAACACAAAACAUAAAACUCAUAAACCAAGCCGUGUGGCUUAGAGGCUCAGUCGAUCCAGGCUCAAGCCGUCAUUACUCUUGAUUCUUCGCACGACACCAACCUUGAAAAAGGUCUCUUCGCCGCUAACGCCCUUGCCGCCAAUAUACCAGCCCGAUGUGCCGAUGGCGUCGCGGAAGCCUUCUGACGAGCUAUCGCUGCCGCGCCGUCUCCCCGACGCCCCUGGAAUAGGCAUCGCAUUUCGCGGCGAGUGGAUAGUCACGCUCGUAUUCCUCGCGGCGGCCGCAGCCGCAGCCUGGAUGGUUCGUGGCCGUGAAGCAGAAGUCGCUGCCACUGCAGUCUGUGUCGACGACGCAGUGACCGUCUGUGUGCUUGUUGUUGGCUGCUUAGCCUGCUGUUGCUGCUGCUGCUGUUGCUGCUGUGUGAGAGGAUGCGGCUGUGGGCGAAAGGCGGCGAAAAAGGAGGAGAGGAAGUACUGGCGCUGAGAAGGCAUGCUUGGGCUCGCUUGCCUUACAGCAGAGUAUCGGGAUGAUGGUGUUGGCUUGCUGCUAUUAUCGACGGGCGGACAAGGCGCGCCCUGUUGUUCCUGGCAGAGAGCGUCUGUGGCGGCGGGAUGGCGGUCGGUUUGUCGCUGCGCCGUGAACAAGCAAGCAGCGCUUUUUGUUUUCUUCGCGAUGGGCAAGCAGAAAGAUGCGUCGUUUUUUGUGUGAAAAGAAGCAGAAAUCUCGAUGACGCCGGACCUACGGCGACUCGGUAAAAGCCGGGGCCUUUGCACUUUUGGCGUUGAGUAAUGGCGGGGUUG